AAUCUGUUUUAUUCACUGCAAUAUGAGAACCAUUCUAUCAGUAGUACAGUACUAAUAUUAGAGAAGCUAUAUGUUGCAUUUCAUUGGGCAGCUCAAGCUCUUGGAUUGCCAUUUUUGAGUCCAUAUCUGCAAUCAAUUGGAUCUGAUUAUACACAUGGAGCUAAUUAUGCUACACUGGCAUCUACUGUGCUUCUACCUAAUACUUCUUUGUUUGUCACUGGGAUCAGUCCCUUCUCUCUUGCCAUCCAGCUCAACCAAAUGAAGCAGUUCAAAACCAAAGUUAAUGAAGUGCAUGAACAAGGAUCCAAGCUUCCUUCACCAGAUAUAUUUGGAAAGUCUCUUUACACAUUCUACAUUGGCCAAAAUGAUUUUACUUCCAACUUAGCUUCCAUUGGCAUAGGUGGAGUACAGCAAUACCUCCCUCAAGUUGUUUCACAAAUUGCUGCUACCAUUAAGGAGUUAUACAAUCUUGGAGGACGUACAUUUUUGGUUCUUAAUCUUGCACCAGUGGGAUGCUACCCUUCAUUCUUGGUCCAGCUUCCUCAUAACAGUUCAGACAUUGAUGAGUUUGGAUGCUUGGUUUCUUACAAUAAUGCAGUAAGGGAAUACAACAAUAUGUUGAAACAGUCACUGAGACAAAUCAGAGAAAGUCUUUCCAAUGCUUCUGUCGUUUAUGUGGAUACUUCCACUGUUCUGCUGGAGCUCUUCCGGCAUCCCAAUUCUCAUGGGCUUAAGUAUGGUACAAAAGCUUGCUGCGGCUAUGGAGGUGGUGACUACAACUUCGAUCCUAAAGUUUACUGUGGCAAUUCCAAAGUGAUAAAAGGCAGCAAAGUGACAGCAACUGCAUGCAAUGACCCCUACAACUACGUGAGCUGGGAUGGAAUUCAUGCCACAGAAGCUGCAAACAAGCUUACUACCUUUGCAAUUCUUAACGGAUCCUACUCUGAUCCUCCUUUCCCAUUUCAGGAUCAUUGUGAUCUUCAACCUAUACAUUAAUCCAUUUCUUAAUUAACAAAUGAUGAAGUCCUAAUUCUGGCUCAGCUGUUUAAUAAAUUUUUCCAAGAAAUCAAAUUUCUUAUGACGCAAAAUUUCCAAAACUGUAAAAAACAGUUUGUAUUGGUAGAUGCAUCGGCUUACAAUUCAGUCAACAGUACUAAUAAAGAAAUUGAAAUGAAGACAGGGAUGACAA